UCGAGGGAGGGAGGAGGUGCUGCUGCUGUUGCGAGUAGCCAUAUGGAGCCCUGAAUCAUGUUAGGAUUUUGGUAUAAAUAAUGUAAAAAUAUAUAUAUAUCAAAAGAAAACAUGGACGUGUGGCGUUAGAAAUGCAAACCCGUGGAGUUAUUUUAAGGAGUACGUAUAAAUCCUACGAUUUAUUGGAACUUUUUAACGCUUAAAAAGGAUGACAACGACACAAUAGUGUUGGCAAUCUAAAGGUUUUCCAUUUGAUCUCACAGCGCCUGAGACUUAAAAUGAGGAUACAAGGCCAGCCCGAGGGUGCGAGGAGGCGUUUGGAUUUGAACGCAGCUAGUGAACUCCGGGACGUGGAGGUCAUCCGUGGUCGGGCUGGAUACGGUUUUACAAUUUCAGGACAGAAACCAUGUCUGCUGAGUGGCAUCAUGGAGGGGAGUCCCGCUUAUGUGGUGGGGCUCAGACAUGGAGAUCGGAUCAUGGCCAUCAAUGGAGUCGAUGUGUCCGCUGCUUCUCACGAAACAGUGGUGCAACUGAUCGGUGGCUGCACAGGACCCCUGCAUAUGGUGGUGCUCUCCGAACGCAGAAUAAUGGGAAACCCCAUCCUUAACGAUGCCAAGUUUGGGUUUGAGCAAAAAGGCAGUGUUUUCCAGAAACCAGGUGUUCUCCGCACUAUAUCACAUGACUCAAGCAGACCAUCCUUUAAUUCUGCCAACAAUGUCACCACUAAACAGAGGCCGGUUUCGGAGCCCGACAUGUCGCUGUGGUCACAACAGCUGAAUGUUUUAUCUGAGAAGGCAAAGGAGGAAACGCACACAGUUAGAGACACAGAUUCUGACACUGAAGAAGUUAAUCCAGACUGGACUGUUUUAAACAUGACUUUGGUGGUCGGCUACCUUAGCUCCACAGAACUGAUUCUGAACACCAGUGAUUCAGAGAGCAACUGUUUAAAGGCCAUACGGGAGAGAAUACGACAGCUGGGCACAGAGCAGGAUACCCAUACUCUGGUGAUGAUGAAGAUCAUGUUUGAUUGCAUUCGGCUGUGUGACGAUGCAGGAGCUGUUUUGGCCGCCUUUCCUGCUGAGAACCUUGUCUUAGGGGCCGUUUGUGCUGAAGACCCACGUUUCUUCUGUCUGGUCACCACAGCACACAUUAUCAAUGGUCGUGUACCAGAAGAUGGUCCUCUUCGGGCAUCCUGCCACGUAUUCUUCAUUGACCCAGAGCUGGGAAACCAUAAGGAUCACAUAGGGAUUGCUGGCCGGUUUAGCUUUGGCUGCACUCCAGAUCCAGAUGCUUUGAGCUGCCUUGAGUUUCCUCAGACUCCCCCAGAUGUGCUACACUUUGUAACAGUCCUUUAUAGCGACCUUGGGGAGGCGGUGGAAAGGCUCAGAGCUAAACUGGACAUGGAGGCUCAGCAGCAGGCCAACGAGACUGACAGCACAAGCAAACUGGGCAGCGCCAGCAGCAGUGGGGACAGCGGAAUUGAAAAUUCUUCUCCCCAUGAGGAGAGAGGGGACAGGGAUUUCCCUUCUGAUAUCCCAAAUCUUUCUGGGACCAACCUCCCCAGCUGUCCAUGGGAUUAUCCCUCAGCUGAAGCUGUCGCCCUGAUAAACCUUGCCAAGAAUGGCCAGAAAUUUAAUCCAGAGAACAGCGCCAGCACACAUUCCCUUUCGGAGUCACUACCUGGCCCGGAUUCUCUAACAAGCUUCUACGGAGGUCCCCCACCCAGGCUGGAGUUCCAGUUCAAGCCCCCACCUCCUCCUCUACCCUUGGGUAAAAAAUCAAACUUCCUGGCUCAUCCUAUGAGAAGCAGCCAAAGGUGGUUUUCAAAGCCAAAGUGGCCUAAAGCCCUAAGCAGUGACUCUGUACAUCAAGAGACAUCCACCAACACUGGCUUCACCACAAAUAACCCUCCCUACCCACUGAGCCAGGUACCCUCAGACAGGUACCAGCCCACAGAGGUCAUGAUGCCUCCCAGAGAAGAAUGGACCAAAAGGUUUCUUGAACAAAGACAGAAACUGCGGACAGAGGGCAGCUACAGAAAUGGAUCCAGGUUUUGGGGCAUAGGUGUUGCCCGCGCCUCCAAACGUCGUUCUUCCAAACGUCUCAGCAUGGCACGAUCUCUGGAUGAUCUCGAGUCUGCCGCUUCUUCAGAUGGUGACUACAGUAGAAUCCAGCUGCAGGGAUGCUGCAGCCAGACCAGCCUAAACAGCAAUGGCAGUCUUCCAGGAGCCGGCAGCCAUCCAGGGGCCGUUGAGCACCGGGUGGCUGGCUGGUCCACCUGCUUUGAGCGGCUUCUCCAGGACUCUGUGGGAGUGCGUUACUUCUCGGAAUUUCUCAAGAAAGAAUUCAGUGAGGAGAAUAUCUUGUUCUGGCAGGCCUGUGAAUACUUCAGUCAUGUCCCUGCAACAGACAAAAAGCAGCUGUCCCAGAGAGCGGGGGAGAUCUACAACAGUUUCCUGUCCAGCAAGGCCACCAUGCCAGUGAACAUCGACAGCCAGGCCCAGCUGGCAGAUGACGUCCUCACCUCCCCUCAGCCUGACAUGUUCAAGACCCAGCAGCUACAGAUCUUCAACCUAAUGAAGUUCGACAGCUACUCGCGUUUCCUAAAGUCCUCCCUCUACCUGGAAUGCCUGCGCGCUGAAGAGGAUGGUCACCCCCUGCCUGACCCCUACCAGAUCCCCUGCAGCCCUGCGCCUUCCAAACACAGCGCCAGCUCUGACCGCUCCACCCUCUCCACUCCCAAAAAGGACAUCAGAAAGCAGAGAUCUGGGAAGUCACCGAAUGAAGACACCAAGGACGAGAACGCAGAUAAGAAACGUGGCAUCUUCUUCUCCUGGUCCCGCAACAGAAGCUUUGGGAAGGGUCCAAAGAAGAAAGACAUUGGUGACAUUAAUCUAGACUUUUGGGGCAGCAACGGUCGGAGAGAGUCCCAGGGCUCCCUGUCGUCCAGUGCCAGUCUGGAGAUCCCCAAUUCUGUCUCUGCUGCCAAAAUGGAGUCUGACAAUCGCCACUCAGUCGGAGCGUGGGAACGCACGGCCAGGCACUGUAGCGUGCUGCUGCCCGACGGCUCCUGCUCCUCCAUCACCCUCCGGCCUGGUGCCUCCAUUAGAGAGGUCCUCCAAGAUCUGUGUCGUAACAUAUGCGUCAACAUUGCUGCUGUGGAUCUUUUCCUUGUGGGAGGGGAGAAGCCUUUAGUGUUGGACCAAGACUGUAUGACUCUGUGUUCACGAGACCUAAGACUGGAGAAGCGUACUUUGUUCCGGUUGGACCUGGUGCCUAUUAAUCGCUCCGUUGGUCUUAAAGCCAAACCUACAAAACCAGUCACAGAGGUCCUCCGUCCCGUGGUGGCCAAAUACGGCCUGAAUCUCAGUGAUCUCGUGGCUAAAAUAAGUGGAGAGAUCGAGCCACUGGAUUUGGGUGCCCCCAUAUCGAGUCUGGACGGCCUGCGAGUUGUGCUGGAGCGAGCAGACCCAUGUUCAGGCAAAGAAAAAUCCAAGUCUGCCUCCCUGAAGAGCCACCCUCCAACCAGGAGUUUUUCUGCUGCAGGAGAUGAGAGGUCAGCACCAAAGGACAUUUCUGUGAGAGUGAGUGGACCAGCCUCAGCGCUCCCAGGGGAAAAGAGAAAACAGAAAAAGAUAAAUAUAGAUGAAGCUGAAGAAUUCUUUGAGCUGCUAAGCCGAGCUCAGAGCACCCGAGCCAACGAUCAGCGUGGACUCCUGAGCAAAGAAGACCUGGUGCUUCCAGACUUCCUGCGCCUGACUUCACCCAACUCCUCCUGCUCCGCCUCCUCUGACCUGGCUUGUUCCACCCCUGCUUCCUUGAAGCAGAGCCGAGAGAACGUCAUCUCCCCUCGGGGAUCCCUCAUAUCCAGUCUGCGCUCGGAGAGCCUGGACUCUUCAUUUAGCUCCAGUGCCAACGGACACUCGGCAGCCAGGAGGUGCCUGCUGCCACCUCCCCGGCACUCUACGUUCGGUACACACCUCUCCCCCAUCCCCCGGCCUUCUGACUCCAGGCCGAGCCUACGCACAGUGGAGGAGGACGCCCACACCGACCUGACCCUGGUGGGUGAGGGCGACAUCAGCAGCCCCAACAGUACUCUCUUACCCCCUUCACCUUCAUCCUUCCCAUCCCUGGAGAUCAGCCUCCCUGAGGCCAACUUCACUCCACCAACUCCCUGCUCCCAACCUCAAGACACAGGUGGAGAGGGAAAGUCCAGUUCAGAGAGAAGAAUAGUAACAGCCCACAGCACCAGAUCACCUGCCGAGAGAGCAGAUGCAGCACAGACGCUUCAGGAGGUGAUGGAUGUCGAGGGGGUCCACCUAGAAGAAGUGAGGCUCGAAAAGUCCCAGGGAGAGGACUCCGAGCUCAGCUUGAGCUUUCAGGGUUACGUUGCCGAGCUGCGGCAGUGCCAGACCAAAAUGAGGAACGCCCAGAUGCCCCAGAAUGGCAGCAACAUGUCCGAAGGGAAGGACUGCCAGUCAGACAUGUACAAGGCCACGAUUGUAUGAAGGGAACAAUCCCAUCCUCAUCCACACUACUGCACUUUUUAAGCUUGAGGCACUGACGUCUGACUUAGGAUAUGUUAAACAACGGGCUGCAUGUAAAUAUGUCAUUCUCGCUCUCUUUGAAACAAAUAUCAUGGUGAUAGAUGUAGUUUUGGUAAGAACUUUGUAAACACUCAUGAGUGGCACAUAUUACAUAAAUUUUGGGCUUUUAAUUGUUUAUUUGAACCGGGUAAUGGUAAAGAGAUUUCAAAGAGGUUUUAAACUAGCACAACUUUGAAAUUGUAGUUGAUUUUCUCUAACGGAAUUAAAAUCUAAAUUAUACGGACAGGCUGAAAUAAAUAUAUACACCCUCACUGAAGUUUGGCUGAAUGUCCCUUACCAAUGUGUGCCUUGAACACAUGCUUUCUGUAGCCAUCAACAAGCCUCUACAUAAAUUCAGCCAGUAUAUUCACCCACUCUACUUGGCAGAAUUGGCCAUGUUCAUUUAAAAUGGUUAAUUUCCAGGCACACACCUGGCCUUUGGUCCAGAAAUCUGGAGAUUGGCUUAAUGUAAAGCCUGCUUUAUCCGUUCCAAUCCCAGUUUAUGGAUUUGAGAUCAAUAUCCUGUUUGAACGUUGAGUUGUGUCAAAGUUUCAACUAAUUUUGUGUGAUGCAGCAGUGGCACUGGUAGCUAAACAGACCCAUAGCAUGAUGCUACCACCACCAUGCAUAGGUUGGUUGGAAAUCCUCUCUAUGGGUUCCUAAAUUAGCCACUCCUUUACUUGUACAUAUUUAGUGAGAAAAAUAAAUUAUCCUAUCGUCUAGUUUACAGAGAAGAAAAACAAACUUUGUUUACAAAAAAAUAUAUAUUUCUUCUAAUAGAAGUUUCCAAAACCUUUUCUCUCAAUAGGUUGUGUUGUAGUAAGAAAACUGUGUUACUGAUUCCUAGUCUGCCAAAUAUCUGAAUGAAUCUUAACAAACUACCACCUUCUAUAUCUACAGAACCCCUCCUAUCGGUUUGAUUCAGUAAAAUUUAUUUUGGCUCUUCACUCACCUUGAAUCCUCCAAACAUUUUUCUUGUCCUUUAAGCCAAAUAACUCAGUCUUUGUCUCAUUUGACCAUAAAACUUGUCUUUGGAUGACAUUCGGCUUGUCCAGGUGGGCAGCUGCAAAUUUCACUCAAACUUGAAGGAGUUUUGGAGCAGGAGUAUCUUUCGUGGUUGGCAACCUCUCAGUCUAUGAUGUUGUAAAAGUGGGUUCACAGUGGAGAUUGACACUGGUGUUUAACCAGAUUCCCAUUUACAGGCUAGUGCCGGGGUGUUUCUAGGGUUGUUGUUGAUAAUUCAAACCCAUUUCCCUCAAUCCGAAGGGGACAGUUUGGGCCCGAGAGCUGAAACAUGGACACUGCUGGGUCUUCCAGCAAGACAAAGAUCCAAAACACGCAGACACUGAAAUGGACAAAGUAGACUAACAUUACGGUUUUGAAAUGGCUUGACCUAAGUUCAGACAUCAACCUCUUUGAACAUGUGUGGACCAUUCCUAAAACAGUGCCAGAAAACCAAGCAGGUUGAAAUGAACUCUACGAUUUCUAAUAAGAAAAGUGAUAUCCAGAAAGAAUUAUCCCAGAACCUUGUUGAUGGCAACACAAUCUCUGUGGUGGAAGUGACAUUCAACCAAAUGUUUCAGAGGGGAGCUAUAUAGUUUUUCACCUGUGUGGAGAAGAGAAAAUCCACAAAAUCCACAAAGUUGUUGAAUGAUUAUUGCAUCCAUAACAACCGAAUGGUUCAAAUUCUUCCUUAGAAACACAAAAUUAUGUUCACAUUCAUGCCGUGAUUAGUGUAAACUUUUCACUGGAACUGUGUAUCUCUUUACAAUUACAGACUAUUGUUGUUAAGUUUUAGUAUUGUUAUUUUUGGAGAGUGACAGGUUAUUUUUUUCUUGUAUUGUUAAAUAAUUGUGAAAUGUAACUAUAUUUUUCCCCAUGUUAGACAAAAAAAUCACGAUACAGUCCUGAAACUUUUUUCUAUCAGGGUACAAAUGUUGUUGAUUGUAUAUUCUAACUCUUAAAAUCCGUUUUUUCUGUGGUGAAAGACAUCUCAGUCUAACUUUUAAAAUUAUUUUCUAACUGCUGGUAUCUGUUAGAAAGGAGAAGCACAAUGUAGAAAGGAUUCAAACAGAUGGUAAAACACAAUUUCUUUGAGUAAUUUUCUGUUUAAAUGGUCUUCCUCUGUUACAGUAAUACCUUUAACAGUACUUCUAUUGUCUGUAUUUUCUGCUUCUGUGGUUUUGAGAUUGUCUAGAUUGUUGAAUGAAUAAAAAACCUUCAUGGUGACAGUUUCA